CGGCCUAGCUAGGGUUUAGGGCUUCACGUAGAGCCAGGCUGGCUUGCUUAGCUUCUUCACGUUUGCAAACUGCCUUUUUGGAUGUUCUUUCAUAAGAUUAUGUCAGGAUUGUAUUUGGAAACAGAAACUGACUCAGACUUUUCAACCACAAACACCUCAUGUUAAGUGGCUUUCAGCUGCUGUUUUCAUUGUCAAACCUCCUUCCACCAAGUGAGAUUGCGCCUUCAGGUUGCUGUUGAGGAAGCUAACGUCUUCUCAGUCUGCAAUCUUCCCUUACAAGCGGCAGUCUGCACUCGGCUCUGAGAAACAGGUUUCAAGGGUAGACAAGGGACCAGGAAUAUCUGGACUUAAGGCUGCAUGAGUUACAGCUCAGCAAAUGAGUUUGUUACGCAACAGCUCAGUCAGCCCAGCUGGAGACCAGGGGGAGAGAGUAAGCCAGCUGAGCGAAUGAGUGAGCCCAGGGACAGAGAGUAGAAGGCUGGAGAGAGAAUAACAGCGAGUGAGCAGAGAGCGGGGCAGAAUACAGCUGGAUGCGGCUCGUACGCGGACGUGCUUUCCGUCUCUCACAUCCCUUCUCUCUCUGUCAUGCGGCGAGAUGAUGAGGGAAAACACAGUUUGCUUCUGUCCACAAAGGGUUUGAAGUGAAGGGCAUCAAGAAAAAUAAAGAAAAAGAGGAUAAGAAGAAAGCAACCAACAUCCCCCCAGUGAAGGAUUUUGCUUUUUUGUUUGCAGCCAGACUAUGAGGCUGUGAGUUCGGGUCCUUGUCCCGCUUGCAGAGUUCUUCUUCUUCACCACCUGACACCAUGCCACUGAGGAACAGAUGGAGGAGUGGAGGCAGCUGCCUCUGGAUGCUGCUGCUCCUGCCCAGGCUCUGCUGUCUGGUUCUGGCACAGGGCUCCACGCUGAGCCCAGAGGACAGCCGGUCCAUCACUGCUGCGAUGCUGCCGGAGGACUGGACCAACACCAUGGUGCCACUGCAGCCGGACCUGCAGACCGUAGCCCAAACGCCCACAGAGGAGCCGGCAGAGGCGCCGACGGAAGACCAGACGGAGGCGCCGACGGAGAUGCAGACUCAGGUCUUCACCAACAACUACACAGGUAUGUCCUGCGUCCCGGUCCUGCCACCUCGUCGGGGCUCCUUCUACGUGGAGAGAGGAACAGGCAUGUCGGUGGGCAGUGUGCUGGCCUUCUGGUGCAGAGAGGGAUACCAGCUGGUCGGCAGCGACAAAAUCUCCUGCCAUAUCAGAAAUGGCAAAGCGCAGUGGAGCAACUACCUACCCGUCUGCGAAGCGAUCCCCAGACCAGAGGACCGUGGACUGAGAGUGGCUGUGUUGGCUUCAGUUGUGAGUGGCAUCGUCAUUUUUGCCAUGUCCUUGUCCUUCCUCGUCUGCUGCCUGCAGGAGCGAUCUAGCCGGGACCGUGCCAAGAAAGACGGCCGGAGCAGACGCAGAGAGAAGAGAUCAGGCCGCCGCAGUGAAUGCUGGCUGGAGACGGAAGAGGGAGAGUGGGAAGCCUUCCCUCCACCCAAGAUUUUCCACCUGUCCCAAAGGAUGGACCCCCGACUGGCACCAGACAGUCCCCUUUACCUGACAGGAGGUCUCAAUGGAUACGAGAACAGAGGAUACCAACGGAGUCAGGAGAGUCUGCUGAAGACCUCUCUGCCUGGACUCUACCGUUCUGAAUCCCAGCUGUACCCACACGUCGUCCUCCAGAGGGUUCCUACUCCUACUGCACCCUCUGCUCCUUCCGCUCCAUCGGCUCCCCUGUACCUCCACCUUCCCCCGUCUACUUCGGCAGGCUCCUCUCCAGCCCACACCAUUACCCAAAGCCAGCCCCGGAUCAUGGCGCAGUACCCCACGCCAACGUAUCCGCCCAACCCCAACACAGCUGUGCCUACUUACCUCCACCCAACACCAGCUCCUAUUUACCCCAACCCUAACCCACCACCUCAGAGGCCAUGGCAGUAGCUUUGUCUUCUGUUGUCCUGCUCUAAAGGGUUCUACAGGUUCUAGCUGGCUAUGCAGAAGAAGAGCAAAGAAAGAAAAGGCCCGAGUCACAUUUUGAGAAAGCCUUUUAGGUUUUCUUAUCCCCGUUUUCUCUGUUGAAAAUGCCCUGCUCCAAAGCAGACAUAAAGGAAAUGCAGCAAACAACAAUGUACUCCUUGUUACUGCAUGCUUGAAGCACUUUUCCUACCGCCAGCACUUUACCAGUGAACAGUUGAGUUUUCUUAGUUCUACCUGAAAUGUUGGUCAUCAGCGAAAACUCUGCUUUCUUACAAGGAACUCUGUCAAGCCAGUAAACAAAGGACCUUGGGUUGGGGUUGUAAUUUCUGCACUAACCUCAUUUGUAAGAGAAACCUGCCAUAGUAGGUGUGUUUAGGCAGCUCUAAGCCAUUUAAUGUAUUUUCUAUCAUUAACUGCUUUUAAAGAAGAUCCCUAUCAGCCUUUUUUCAGGUGUUGCUGAUCUAACUAAGUUUUAACUAAGUGAAAUUAUGCUUAUGUAUUGACUAGAGCUGUGAAUUAACUAAGGAAUGCAGGUCUUCUUAAUAUUCUUGUACUUUCUGGUCCUAUGACUACAACAGGCACUGUGACUGAAAGGCUGCUGUUGUUCCAGCCACUAAGCAAAUCUAUUUUGCACUAUUUGUAUGGAUUUCAAAAUGUAGCAAGAGCUUCUCAGCUGAUCUUCAACACCAAAACAGUUCAGUUAAUGUUUUCUCUGUGUGUUAUCUUACAAAAGUCAGCACUCGAGUGCUUGACUAACUAGACAUUGUGACAUUCCCCAACAGGGGGAUCGUGAUUUGCUUAGAUCGGUUAUAUAGAGCUUUCUUUGAGAACCAGAGUUCAACGAGUAACCUAUAUAUUGAAGAUGAUCAUUUUUAAGAUAAUCUCUGGCUUUAUAUAAUAAAAGUGGUGUAAAAGAAUGCAAAUCUAUUGUUGAUCCAUUGUAAACUCUGUUGAGUUUGUGUAUAAAGUCUAGCCGUAUAGAUAGUCCCUUGCAAAAGUAAACAUACAGUCUCUCUUUCAGCCUUCCACAUUUUGGGUGGCAGUGAAGUACAAUUUCACAACUGUAAUACUUUUGGGGUAUCUGCUAGCUUUGUGUCUGCCCUUCUGUGCACAAAUGCUCCAGCUCAAUAGGAAUUGGGAAGCAAGCCUAGGAUUUAGGUCGGGACUUGACUGAUCUAACGAAUAAAAGUGCUUUGAUCUAAA